ACUUUAAUCUGCCUCCACUUUAUUUUUUGUUGUUUAUGUUUUUCAUGUUUUUCAUUUAUAUAUCAUAGAUCUGAUCUGCUGUAAUACAUGUGCUUGGGCCACUCGCUGAUAACCUUGACAACCUCAGUAAACACCUCAGUCUGGCAGUAUGACCUCACCUUAUGCAGCUGUACAGUUCUGCCCAGAACGAGCCUUUCAACGAUUGAGAGAACCAGCAGCAUGUCUCUCAUGGGCUGAAGGUUCUUUCCUGGCCUCCAUGUCACAGGGUCAGGGCUCCCAGAGUACAGAUAUCCUCGGACAAGAUGUCCUCAACCAGCUACUGGAGAUGCUGGACCAGUCUGCAUUCCAUUCAAUGCAGCCAAUUGAGCUCAACUUCUCUGAAGGCUCUACAGUUGGAUCAGCAUCCAAUACCAUACAGAUUAGCAUGGACUGCAUCACAAUGCAUGGGCCUGAGGAGCCCCUAACUCCACAGUACACAAGCCUGGGGCUUCUCAACAGCAUGGAUCAGAAUGGUGGUUCCACCUCUACCAGCCCCUACAAUAACGACCAUGCUCAGAACAAUGUAACGGCCCCAUCACCCUACGCCCAGCCCAGUUCCACCUUUGAGGCCCUGUCUCCAUCACCUGCCAUCCCAUCCAACACAGACUAUGCUGGCCCACACACCUUCGAUGUGUCCUUCCAGCAGUCCAGCACAGCUAAAUCAGCCACGUGGACGUACUCCACAGAUCUGAAGAAGCUGUACUGUCAGAUUGCCAAAACCUGUCCCAUUCAAAUCAAGGUUCUUACCAACCCACCUCAGGGUGCAGUCAUACGGGCCAUGCCUGUCUAUAAGAAAGCUGAGCAUGUUACAGAGGUGGUCAAACGAUGCCCGAACCAUGAACUGAGCAGAGAGUUCAAUGAUGGCCAAAUAGCCCCACCCAGUCACCUGAUUAGGGUUGAGGGGAACAGUCAUGCCCAGUACAUGGAGGAUUCCAUUACUGGGCGGCAAAGCGUGCUGGUGCCUUACGAACUGCCUCAGGUGGGCACAGAGUUCACAACCAUCCUGUACAAUUUCAUGUGCAACUCCAGCUGUGUUGGCGGAAUGAAUAGGCGGCCAAUCCUCAUCAUUGUCACCUUGGAAACCAGAGAUGGUCAGGUUUUGGGCCGACGGUGUUUUGAGGCUCGUAUUUGCGCAUGCCCGGGACGUGACCGCAAAGCGGACGAGGACAGCAUCCGCAAACAACAUGUCAGCGAUGGCACAAAGAGCAGUGAGGCUUUCCGUCAGUCCUCUCACCUCUCUCAGCUGCCCUGCAUCAAGAAGAGAAGAACCACCGAUGAGGAAGUGUUUUGUCUGCCUAUUAAAGGCCGUGAAAUCUAUGAGAUUUUGGUGAAAAUCAAAGAGUCUUUGGAACUCAUGCAGUUCCUCCCUCAGCACACUAUUGAGUCAUACAGACAGCAGCAGCAGAACCUACUGCAGAAACAGAGUUCUCUGCCACCCCAGCCUAACUUCGGUUCCAGCUCGCCCACUCUGGGCAAGAACAAGCUGCCAUCAGUUAGUCAGCUCAUCAACCCUCAACAACGCAACACACUCACCCCAUCCAGCAUGGCUGGAGGACUGACUGACAUGAACCCUCCUAUGAUGGGUGGCCCUGUUCCUAUGAAUACAGACAUGAGUGCCCUGAGCCCCACCAACCUGCAGCCACAGUUACAAAUGGUGCCCUCCUCUCACUGCACACCUCCACCACCAUACCCAAUGGACAACAGCAUUUCCAGCUUCCUAUUGAGGCUGGGCUGCUCAGCCUGUUUGGACUAUUUCACUGCCCAGGGUCUGACCAAUAUCUACCAGAUUGAGAACUACAACUUGGAGGACUUGUCCAGGCUGAAGAUUCCCACAGAAUUCCAGCACAUCAUAUGGAAAGGAAUCAUGGAGUACCGACAGACCAUGGAGUUCUCUCCACCUCCCCACAUCUUGCGCUCCUCUAGCGGGACAUCCACUGUCAGCGUGGGCUCCACCGAGGCACGAGGAGAGCGCGUGAUCGAUGCUGUGCGUUUCACUUUGCGCCAGACCAUUUCCUUCCCUCCGCGAGACGACUGGACUGAUUUCUCCUUUGACCUGGCCCCUGACUCACGCCGCAACAAGCAACAGCGCAUCAAAGAGGAGGGGGAAUGAAUGUGAUGCAUAGCCACAAUACAAUACAAUAUAUUAAUGUAAACAGUGCACAUUUACGGUACUCUCACUUUCAUGUUAGCACAUUGGUGUUGGUCCGAAUCGUUUCACAGUUUUCCUCUGCAAGUGAUAAUAAAAGAAAAACUGAGCUUAAAAUUAAACAGGCAGAUAAAAUGCACUUAAAGUCCUUUUUCCUCUGGUGGAUUUAGCUCUGGUUGUCAUUUCAAGUCCCUUUAUUAUAUGCAAACAGCUGUGGCUAAGGGGAAAUGGUGCUUUGCUAAAUUGAUUUGUCAUUUUUACUGUUUCUUGAGACAAAGCACUUAAGAAAUGCUGAAAUGUUGUUCCUAAGCGCAAAAUUAAACACUGAACUUUGGGGGUUCUUUUAGUUUGCUUUUACAUGGCCAUAGGUACUGUAUACUUUUAUACGUUCAUCAUUAUUGUCGUUCUUUUUUUUUGUACAAAUUUUUCCUCCCUGUAGGAGCUUUAGUGUUAAUAGUUUGUAAUCUUUGUUGUGAUCAUUCCUUGCAGUUGAACAGUAUGCUUUUUUGAAAACCUGACAUUUUGUCAGUUUUGAUUGUAUGCAUUUCAAAUCGUACAUUUUUUUUUUUUAUUCUAACAAAAAGUGUUAUUCAUUUUCAUUUGUGGUGUAAGACUGAUAUUAUGUAGCCUUUAUGUAAUACUGUAAACCGUUUAUUGUAUCUUUUAUUUGUGAGUCAUAAUCACACUAAUACUGUUGAAUUGCAGUAUGUAAGUAUUGAAUUGCUCCUAGGGGUUGUGAAAAUGCAUAUGGAGACAUGCUCUGUUUACUAGCUACCCAGUCUAAAGGUGAUUUACAUUGGUCAUUCCUUCAGUAUUUUUUCCUUUUUUUUUUUUUACAAAUUUUCAAUUCACUUGAUGCUCUAUAAGCCUCACGUGGCAAUAUUGUACAGUUUAAUUUUACUUUCAUUUGACAACUGUGUAAACAAUUCUUUAUCAAACUAUAAAAAAGGAAUUAUUGUAAAUAUGUUGCAAUGUACUUAUUUUGAUACAAACCAAAAAUAAAAAAAUAUAAUUUUA